AUGAGUCGCGGCGGUUCGACGUGUAUCUACGGCAACGGUUCCUUCCCUCGCCCGUCCACUCAACCUCCUCAUACCCGGUCGUCGGUGCAUACGUCGUCGUAUGAUCAUAAAUGUCCGCUCUUCAUAAGUCGGAAAUGCCCUCUUGCUCUCCUCAUCCGUUCUUUCCUUUUCCGCCACCCCGACUCCCCGCGUCCUACGCAGCGCAUGACGUCGAGCCUGGACACGGAGGACGUUAGCGGGUUCAUUAUUGACGCGUACAACGUCACGGUGCUGCACAUCGCCGCGGCGUUCCUUGUCGACGCGUCCCCGGUUGGCAAGGCGUCCAGCAGCGGCGUGUGGAAUAUCAAUCUCGACAAGCCGCAUAGCAGCUGGGCGAAACUCCUCGAUGACAUCGACGUCUUUAUCUUCAACGCCGGUCACUGGUUCGUCAAUGCGCCGGACAGCCUCCGCCAGUUCUACAUCGGCGGGGUGAAGCAGAGCGGACUAACCGGCUUCGCAGCCAUGAAAAUCGCGCUCACAACGGUACGCAAUACGAUCGUCAAAUCCAACUUCCGUGGAACCCCCGUGCUGCUCACCUUCUCGCCGUUCCACUACAGCGACUCUUUCGAUACGGGGAAGGACUGCGCGGGGUGGUGGCGGCCGAUGACUCAGGAGGAAUUUCAGGUGGCGUUGGAAAAGAGCGAGGCGGCGGAAGCGGUCAAGGAGCAGCUCGCGGUGUUCACCAACAGCGGCGGAAGCGGCGUGACGGCGGACUCUAAAAGCUCCUCCUCCAGCAAGGAUUCCUCCUCCUCGAGUUCUUCCAAGGACAAAAAGACUUCCUCGUCCUCCAAGAGCGAUUCCUCCUCAAGUUCUUCUUCCAAGGACUCGUCGUCUUCCUCGUCCUCUAAAAGCUCCGACUCUUCCUCCAAGACCUCUGGGUCGGGCAGUGACAGCAAGAAAGUUGUCCAGAGCUCUGACUCUAAGAGCUCCAGUUCUAAGAGCUCUGGCUCUAAGAGCUCUGAUUAUGGCUCGAAGUCUUCCUCUUCGAGUAAAUCUGGGUCGAACAGCGACAGCAAGAAAUCCGCUCAGAGCUCCGACUCCUCCAAAAGCUCCGACUCGAAAAGUUCCUCCUCUACAAGCAAGUCUGGUUCGGGCAGUGACAGCAAAAAGUCUUCUUCCCAGAGCUCGAGCUCCUCCGACUCGAAAUCUUCUUCAGAUUCUUCUAAGUCGAAAUCCUCGUCAAAGAGUACUGCGAUGGAGAAGAAGCCAGGAGCUGUGGCUCAGUCUUUCGGUACCAGCUAUACCCAAUUCGGUAAUGUGAAAUUCAGCAUCCUCGAUAUAACGCUCCUCAGUCUCAUUCGCCCCGACGCGCACAUUCAGACGUUCGGCGGAGAGGGGUCGAAGGUGGAUUGCUCCCAUUGGUGCACGCCUGGCCUUCCUGAUACAUGGUCUGAUAUCCUGUAUUCCAUGCUUAUGAACUAG